AUGGCGGAUCAAGCAAUGGUUCGGAAGCUUUCUGCCUGUGAGACCAUGGGUUCUGCCACCACCAUUUGUACUGACAAAACAGGCACUCUCACACUAAACCAAAUGAAGGUUACAAAGUUUUGGCUUGGGAAAGAAUCUUUUUUGGCAAAUGCUUACUCGUCAAUUGCUCCAUAUAUUCUUGAAUUGUUCCAUGAAGGAGUUGCUCUGAACACAACUGGUAGUGUUUUCAAGCCUAAUUCAGGAUCUGAAAUCGAGUUCUCAGGUAGUCCCACUGAAAAGGCAAUUCUUUCGUGGGCUGUUCUGGAGCUAAACAUGGAAAUGAAGCAAUUGAAGCAAAGUCGAACGAUUAUUUUCAUCGAAGCAUUCAAUUCCAAGAAGAAAAGAAGCGGGGUCCUGAUGAGGAGAAUGGUAGACAACACAACACAUGUACACUGGAAAGGAGCUGCAGAGAUGAUACUGAAGAUGUGUUCGAGCUACUAUGAUGCUUCUGGAAUUAUUAAAUAUCUAGAUGACGUUGAGAAGAUGAAAUUUGAGCAAAUUAUUGAAGGUAUGGCAGCGAGCAGCCUCCGAUGCAUUGCUUUUGCGCAUAAAGAAGUUUCAGAAGAAUAUAAUGGAGAUGAUAAAGAAUGUAAAAAGCUAGAAGAUGACGGUUUGAUCCUUUUAGGAUUGGUGGGAAUUAAGGACCCAUGUCGUUCAGGGGUGAAGAAAGCCGUGGAAGAUUGUCAAUAUGCUGGUGUCAACAUCAAAAUGAUCACAGGAGACAAUAUUUUCACGGCUAAAGCUAUAGCCACUGAAUGUGGGAUACUAGCGCCUAGUCAGGACAGUCUCAGCGGAGCAGUAGUAGAAGGCGAGGAAUUUAGAAACUACACACCAGAGGAGAGAUUGGAAAAGGUUGAUAAAAUUUGUGUGAUGGCAAGAUCCUCUCCCUUUGACAAACUUCUGAUGGUAGAAUGCUUGAAACAGAAAGGGCAUGUGGUUGCAGUUACAGGGGAUGGUACAAAUGAUGCACCGGCGUUAAAAGAAGCUGAUAUAGGACUUUCAAUGGGGAUUCAAGGAACCGAGGUGGCCAAGGAAAGCUCAGACAUCGUAAUUUUGGAUGACAAUUUUGCUUCCGUGGCCACAGUUGUCAUGUGGGGAAGGUGUGUCUAUAACAACAUUCAGAAGUUCAUCCAAUUCCAACUCACCGUAAAUGUUGCUGCUCUGGCGAUCAACUUUGUGGCAGCAGUUUCAGCUGGUGAGGUCCCGUUAACAGCAGUGCAAUUAUUGUGGGUGAACUUGAUUAUGGACACUUUGGGAGCUCUAGCUCUUGCAACUGAGAAGCCAACCAAGGAGCUGAUGGAAAAACCGGCUGUCGGUUGGACUGAGCCACUUAUUACCAACAUCAUGUGGAGGAACCUCCUAGCCCAAGCUUUAUAUCAGAUAGCCAUCCUUUUGACCUUGCAAUUUAAAGGUAAGCCCAUCUUUGAUGUGACCGAGAAGGUAAAAGACACCCUGAUCUUUAACACUUUUGUUCUUUGCCAAGUCUUCAAUGAAUUCAACGCAAGAAAGCUAGAGAAGAAGAAUGUCUUCAAGGGAAUACAUAGGAACAGGUUGUUUUUGGGGAUCAUUGCAAUAACCAUAGUUCUCCAGGUAGUCAUGGUAGAGUUUUUGAAGAAGUUUGCUGAUACAGAAAGGUUGAAUUGGGUGCAAUGGUGUUCAUGCAUUGGACUUGCAGCAGUAACUUGGCCAAUCGGUUGGAUUGUCAAGUGGAUACCUGUUCCACAGAGACCAAUUUUUAGCUACCUAAAGAUGAAAAAGAUAUGA